AGGCCCAACCGUGGCGCGUAGGGUUGAAACCCAAUCCCCCAACUCCGCAACCAUCGACCGAACGACGCCACCAGCAGCGAAGUGAGUGAGUCUCCGAUUCUCAACAAUGGUAGCUGCAAAACCAAAGUAGACAACUUUAGUAGCUGCAAAUCCGAAAUAGACAACCUAAGAAGUAAGAACCCCUUCUUUAGUGUUUGAUGUCUUGUUUGUUAAUGCAAUCCCUCAAGUCACACCCUGCUCUUUUAUUUUCCCUUUCCAAUCACUUCUCUUUCUCUUCUCACUCUGUCAGAUCCUUUCUCUCUUCUUUCUCCACAUGCCAACACUCAAAGGAAAGCACUUCCAUUAUUGAUUAUCUAAAUGCCAAGUUCGAUUUCUCGAGAACUCAAUCCUUCUACAUCUCAAAACGUGUUUCAAGCAGCAGAUUCCCCCAAAACCCCUUGUCUGUGCUCAGUUUUUUCAAACAAUUUGGGUUUUCUGAAGCCCAGAUUCUCUUUUUGAUUCGUCACAAACCCCAGAUACUGUUCACUGAUGUUGACAAAAUCUUGAGACCCAAAAUUGAGCUCUUUCAGCUGUUGGGUCUCGAGCGCUCGGAGUUGUGCAAGUUCAUUUCCAAGAAUUCCUCCAUUUUGACUUUCAGUUUGAAGAAAACAUUGGUCCCCUCUGUGGAAGCUAUUGGGAAAAUUCUCUGCAGUGAGAAAGAUUUUGUUCAUGUUUUGCUCAGAUGUGGCCGGAUACUCCCAAAUUACAAAAAAUUUAUGAACAAUGUUGUCUUCUUGGAAAGUUGUGGCAUUGUUGGGUCUCAUCUUGCAAUGCUACUCAAACUACAGCCAGGGCCUGCAAAUGUUCAGAAGAUCCCCAACUUUGCUUAGAACAUCAGAGAAGAAGGUGAAGGUUGGACUGGAAUUCUUCUUGCAUACAGUUAUGCUGCCCAAAUCAGUCCUGGUUCAUCAGCCAAGGGUUUUAAUGUAUAGCAUGGAGGAUCGCGUGCUUCCUCGAUAUAGAGUCU